AUGACGUCAAUGUACAAUUUCAAACGAAUCACUGUCGUUCCGAACGCAUCGGAAUUGAAAGAUGUCGUUUUGUCGAAAACGCAAAGAAAGACUCCAACUGUCGUCCAUCGUCAAUACUCGAUCGGAAGAAUUCGUGCGUUCUACGCUCGCAAAAUCAAGUUCCUCCAACAAACGCUUCACGACAAACUCACCCAAAUCAUCAACGAAUUCCCAAAAAUGGAGGAAAUUCAUCCGUUUUAUUCGGAUUUGAUGAACAUUCUCUACGAUCGUGAUCACUACAAAAUCGCGUUGGGUCAAAUGAACACCGCACGUCAUCUCAUCGACGGAAUCGCUCGUGAAUACGUUCGUCUCAUGAAGUACGCCGACUCUCUCUACCGUUGUAAGAUGCUCAAACGUGCCGCUUUGGGACGUAUGGUCAAGUUGUUGAAGAGACAAAAGUCAAGUUUCGAGUAUUUGGAACAAGUCCGUCAACAUUUGUCUCGUCUUCCAAGUAUCGAUCCCUCAACUCGUACUUUGAUUCUCUGUGGAUUCCCUAAUGUCGGAAAGUCAUCGUUUAUCAAUAAUGUGACUCGUGCUGACGUUGAAGUUCAGCCGUACGCUUUCACCACUAAAGCUCUCUAUGUUGGACAUUUGGAUUAUCGUUUCCUUAGAUGGCAGGUAAUCGAUACCCCCGGAAUUCUCGAUCAACCAUUGGAGGAUCGUAACACUAUCGAAAUGCAAGCUGUCACUGCUCUCGCUCACUUGAAAGCCUCCGUUCUCUUCAUGAUGGACGUCUCGGAGCAGUGCGAUCGUACCAUUGAAGAACAACUCCAUCUUUUCGAGUCGAUUCGCCCACUUUUCGCCAACAAGCCAGUUCUCAUCGGUUUGAACAAGGUCGACAUCAGACAUCGUGGAGAUUUGCCAGCUGAGAAGGCGGCUCUCUUGGAUCAACUCGAGAAAGAGGGAAUCCCAAUCGUCGAGACUUCAACGCUGACUCAAGAAGGAGUUAUGUCACUCAGAGAUCGUGCUUGCGAUGAGCUUUUGGCUCAACGUGUCGAGGCUAAGAUUCAAGCCAAAAAGAUCACAAAUAUCGAGGAUUCUGUGCUGAAUCGCGUCUUUGUUGCCUAUCCAGCACCUCGUGACGAGAAAGUUCGUGCUCCAUUCGUGCCACCUGGCUUGGCAGCUAAGCGUGCUGCUAAGAAGCUUGCUGCUGAGAAUGCCAUGGAUGUUGAUGAUGUGGAAACUGUUGGAGCUAGCGCUGGAGCUGUCAACGAAUUCAGAGAUGAGAACAUGCGCCGUUUGGAGCGCGAGAUCGAGUUGGCUAUGGAGGAUGACUAUAUUCUGGACUUGAAGAAACAUUACAUGCUCAAAAAUCCAGAUGAGAAGUACGAUAUUGUUCCAGAAAUCUGGGAAGGUCACAAUCUCGCUGAUUUCGUUGAUCCAGAGAUUCAACAGAAACUUGAAAGCCUUCUGAAAGAGGAGGAACUUCUCGAACAAGCCGGAGAGUAUGAGUCAGAUUUGGAUAGUGACGAUGAGGAGACCAAAGAGAAGAUGGCACUGGCACUACAGAUCAGAGAGAAGGAGAAGUUGCUCACGCUGGAACACACUGUUAACAAGAGAAUCGCUGGAAGAGUCGGAUCACGUGUUCAUACCAGAAAGAGGGAGAGAUCUAUGUCACGAUUGGAGCACGAGUUGGGAGAGUUGGGUGUGGAUAUUGAUACGAAGAAGAUGAAGAAUCUGCAAGGACAGUGUGCCAAGCCACAGUUAGGAAAGAAGAUGAAAGUUGGACGUGCCCGUAGUCUCAGUGCCGUCCGUCCAGCUCCACGUGACGAGCUCGCGUUCCCAGACGAGGAGAAACGUGCUCAUGUGGACAAGUUGCGUACGAAAGCGAUGCGAGGACUCCGUCGUGAAGCCAAGAAGGGAGAAGCCGAUCGACACGUCUACGACCUCAAACCGAAGCAUUUGUUCUGUGGAAAGAGAGGAAACGGAAAAACCGAUUGGCGUUAA